CAAAGAAGUACACGGAAGUCAACAAGAACAAUUUCCACGAUAGCGUUUUGUUGUUGUUAUUUAUAAACACCCUGGAACCUAAAAUAUGAUUAAUUUAACUGCAACGCAUCACAUACUUACCAUAUGUAGUUUUUAAUUCGCGUUUGAGACAGUACUUGGUUGAUAGAUGUUAUUUAGGUAACGCUACUUAGCUAUCUGCUACCGUUAGCUAACAAUGGCUAACUGUAUGGUUUUUAACACUCAAAUAGCCUCCAUCAUGGAGGUGCUAGCGAAUGCAGCCGUGGCAGAGAUAUGUAAACUCGUAGAUGACGACUAUGCAGUGUUUCGUUUGGAAAUAACUCAAAGCCAGAAAGAAAACAUGACAUUGCGGAGGAAACUACUGGAACUGAAGGUGGCACGGGAGCGCGCAGAGAGGACAGUGCGAGAGCGCGUUCUCGCCAGUCGUCCCAGUAGUGUCAAGAUCCUUGACCGAUACAGAGGAAUGGCAAGAGGUGAAGGACAUCUCACUGGAGGCCACAGGAGUUUUGUCAAGCCAGCGGGGCACAACACAUGGAAAGAUGACCAACCAAUCAUUGUUGAUGAGAGGAGUGGAACCUCAACCCAGCAUGUUAUCGUGAUAGAGUCUGCAGAUGCAGAGGCUACAGGUCCUGGGGUCAAACAGGAGAGGUCUGAAGGAGAGGAAGACCUACGGCACAGCAGAGACAUCCAAGCUGGAGCGCCCCCUGUGGCCACGGAGGACUCCGCCCCAGCGCAGCCCCGACACAGCAUCAGUGGAAUGCAGAAUGCUGCCCUCAAGUCAGAGUCCGACACCGAGACUUUAACUUUAGCACACAGGUUUUUACACACAGGAUCUGACCACAGAUCAAACCCAGAGAGACUAGGGCCACUGGCCUGUCCUCCAGCUCCCGGCUCAGAAUAUUUACCAGUAUUUCACCAGAGCCAGAGGACGGUUAAUUCCUGUGGGGAUGUUGAGGGCGACGCAUUAGACACUGGCAGUGAUGAUCCAUCUUGUUCUUACGCUACAGAAAUAGAUCCUGGCAAAAUGCCCUUGGGUUUAGAGACACAGACUGAUCUGUCUAGAGGUGACUGGAAUCGGUACAGUAAUAGGUUAUACUCUGAAGGGUGCCAAGAUAAGAAAGGGGGGGUUAUAAUGGUAGAUGAGGUGAAAGUGGAGGGCGACGCUCCUCCCACAUGGAAUGCAGAUAGUCACCUAGGAGAAAGACACUCACAGGGCAGAGAUUUCUUAAAUUACAGGGGAAGCUUAGAGACAAAUCUAAAUGUCGCCACCCACUCCUCUUUACAUGCGUUCAGGGGUCGUGACCCAGUGUUCACGUCGAUGCCACCUUCCGAUUCACAUGGUGACGUCCUUUUCGAUCAGGUAUUGAACUCAAACAACACGGCUAGAACCCAGGCUCAGGGGGAAGGAGCCACAUCAGGCAGUAGUAAAGAGAAAAGAUUCCUCUGCAUGUUCUGUAACAAAGGCUUCAGCUGUCCCCAGAAGGUGGAGAGGCACCAGAGGGUCCACACAGGGGAGAAACCCUUCAGCUGUACCCAGUGUGAGAAGAGGUUCUCCCGCCAGGACAACCUAAAGAUGCACCAGAGGGUCCACACAGGGGAGAAACCCUUCAGCUGUACCCAGUGUCACAUGCGCUUCGCCCUGGCAGGCAACCUGAAGAUGCACUUGAAGGUCCACACGGGAGAAAGGCCAUUCGCCUGUACGCACUGUGGGAAGAGGUUCUCCGAGAGGAGAUACCUCAGGAUACACCAGCAGAAAAACCAUGCCAUUCUAUGAUAUAGAAAGUAACCAUUCCACUCGAUAGCUUCUGACCUUUAGAUCAAACCCUGCAUUAAAGACAAAGAUUAAUUUGUCAGCAGAAAAGAUCCACUGAUUACUUUUGACUUAUCAUAGCUGCCUUUUUUCAGUAUAGGACUCAAAUGUAGUCUGGAUGGGUAAACUCUCCAUGUUGAUAGUGUGUUUAUUAUCUGUGUGUUCGUAUAUGUCUGUGUCCUCUGUAUCACCUCUCUUCCAGGAGGAGAAUCGAGAGUGGCGAUUUAUAUAUUACACUAGAUGACUCAUAAGGGGCACUGUUUUGAAACCACGCCUCCAUCUUGGCACUCCCCCACCCAUGUAAAAAAAAAUUUGGAAGCUACAGAAAUGAAUUUAUUAAUGUCUGCAUUUGUUUUGCCAUGUUUAUUAUAUUACAGACAUCUUAAUGCAUACUUUAAAUUAUAUUAUGUAAGCUAAACAUAUUUUUUUUUAAAGGAAAAUUAAAACAUUUCCCUUAAAGGAAAAUUAAAACAUUUUCCUUAGGUAUAAUUUUUUUAAGGUUCUAAUAUUACUGUCCCUACUAGAAAAAAAAAUACUUAAAGCUGCAAAAUGUAACUUUUUGGCGACCUUACCAAAUUCACAUAGAAAUUUGAGUUAUAGAUCUGUCAUUCUGAUUGAAAUCAA